ACGGUUGCUGCGCCGCGGUGCCACAGGCAGGAGGUUCCCCGCCGCCGGGAGCAGGAGCCGGGCUGGAGAUGACGCUGGGCCCGGUGCUGCCCGCGGCCGCCGCCGCCGCCGCCCUCUGCCUGGCGCUGACCCUGACCCUGACGCUGCCGCCGGCCCGGGCCGACAACGCGACUGAGCAGAGCGGCACCGCGUCCGCCCCACCCCGGGCCGCCGGCGGAUCCAGCGAGGGCUCGGUGAUCGGCCGCGCUGUGGCUGUGGCGCUCGGCGUCAGUGGACUAGGCCUCGUCUACCUGCUGGUGCGGGGGCUGCGGUUGAAGAAAAGGCAAAGGAAGAAGUAUGGGCUGCUUUCCUCCUUCGAUGACCAUGUGGAGAUGGCUCCGAUGGACACAGAUGACGAUGACACUACUUUAUUUGAAGCAAAGAGCUUGAGGAGAUAACAAGGGACAAGCAGAAAAUGUGACGUUUCCUGUUAUGCCAUUUUAAGAAGCUCCCUGUCACCCACUGAUUACCAACCAGUGACUGAAAAUAUUUGUAUGGUUUUGUGUGGGACAGGUAACAAUUCAGGCACAGCCAGACGCUCUACCUUGAAGGAGACAGUUUUGGGCGGAGGUUUUAUGCUGGCAUUGAAGUUUCUGUAUCGCUUUAUAUCGAUCGUUCAGAAAGAUGAAUUGAAGAAAUGUCUGCGUUAAUUGUUUUUCUUAAAGUUCUACUUUGCAGCAAGUGGGAUUUGCAAACCUUAAAACACAUUUGGUUUUCUGUCAUGAAAUAUUUGCAUCAACGUUUCACCGACUGGAAUGAUCGCUCUUAAGCCGUUCACUGCGGAGAGCCACAUGUUUACGCAACAUGGAGACUGGUGUAUAAAUAUUUAGUGAUUGGCAGAGAACAGAUACUCUUUGAAGAAAACACGUAAAUCUUUGCCUCCUGUGGCAUCUUUAGUUUCAUCCAUCUUAAAUACAGAGCAAAGUUAAAUAACCAUGGCCCUCCCAGGAAGAGGUUGGUAUUACAUUUCAAACAUGGCAGUAUUCUCUUUGUCCCCAUUAAAUUAAAGGUAGCUUUUCAGAAAGCCUGUCAAACCUUGUGGUACAAUUAAUUUUUAAACAUGGGAUUGCCAUGUACUGCUCAGACUAAAGGAUGCAAUCCAUUGGUUAUCAUUGGUUGCUGUUUAUUAUAAAAUAUUUCUUAAUCUGUUGCACUCAUGAUUCUAAUGCACCAAAAAGUUAUCUUUGAUGGGAAAGCAAUGGGGGAAGAACAGGUAAAAAUGUCUCAUUUGCAGCGAGACUAGUAGGAAAUCGGAAUUGUUGCAAUCAGGAGCAACUCUCAAGUCCCAGGUAAAAACAAAUAUGACCUACGCACAUAGACACACAAUGCUGGAUAAACUCAGCGUGACAGGCAGCAUCUCUGGAGAGAAGGAAUGGAUUAUGUUGUGGGUCGAGACCCUUCUUCAGACUAGUCGGGAAAGGGAAACGAGAGAUUAUAGACAGUGAUGUAGAGAGAUAUAGAACACGGCGGCGCAGUGGUAGAGUUGCCGCCUUACAGAGCUUGCUGCGCCUGAGACCCGGGUUUGAUCCUGACUAUAUGGAGUUUAAACGUUCUCCCUGUGACCGCAUGGGUUUUCUCGGCGGUCUUCGGUUUCCUCCCACACUCCAAAGACGUACAGGUCUGUAGGUUAAUUGGCUUGGUAUAAAUGUAAAUUGUCCCUAGAGCAUGUAGAAUAAUGUUAAUGUGCAGGGAUCGCUGGUCGGUCUGGACUCAGUGAGGCGAAGGGCCUGAUUCCGCGCUGUAUCUCUGAAAAACUAAAAUAAAUGAACGAUAUGUCACUCAUUCCUUCCCUCCAGAGAUGGUGCCCUGUCCUGCUGAGUUACUCCAGCAUUUUGUGUCUACGGUUUAAACCAGCAUCUGCAGCUUCUUCCUACACAUUUCCUACACACAUUUGAGGAACUGACUGGUUACAAGAAGGCGAUGCAUCAGUUUGCUGCUGGUUUGCAUUUUACAAAUGUCGCCAUGAUUUACAAUCUUCAAUUAACUGAAAUCCUGUUUAAUGUGGACUCAGCUGUGCUUUUACAACAUGACUUUGAGGUUUGUCAUAGUUGUCAUACAACAUGGAAACGGGUCCUUUGGCUCAACUCGUCUGGGCCGACCAAGAUGCCUCAUCUAAGCUUUGCCUGCAUUUGGCCAUUAUUCUUUCCUGUCCACGUACCUGUCCAAAUGUGUUUUCAUAAGGUCACAAGUGAUAGGAGCAGAAUUAGGCCAUUUGGCCCAUCAAGUUUACUGCGCCAUUUAAUCAUGGCUGAUCUAUCUCUACCUCCUAACCCCAUUCUCCUGCCUUCUCCCCAUAACCCCUGACACCUGGACUAAUCAAGAAUCUUAUCAAACUCUGCCUUAAAAAUAUCCAUUGACUUGGCCUCCACAGCCUUCUGUGGCAAUGAAUUCCACAGAUUCACCACCCUCCUAUCUAAAGAAAUUCCCCCUCAUCUCCUUCCUAAAGGUACUCCCUUUUAUUUAUUUAAAUGUUGUUAUUGUACCUGCCUCAAUGACCUCCUCUGGAAGCUCAUUCCAUGUGCCACCACUUUCAGUUUGGACCAACGAGGCAUCACGACCAAAGUGCAAACAUAUCUUCUUACAUCCCUUCUAAAUAACAUGAAAGAAAUUGCAGUUGAGCACUAUAGAUUUUUUUUUUUUUACUUGGUAGUUCAUUGCAAAGGUGUUUUUAACCUUUUAAAAUAUGUUUGAUGCUCUUGGCAACAUAAUCAUUCUUAACAAGUAGGAUUAAUAGAUGCAGUUAGAGAGGCUCAGAGAUUACAGCCCCAGAGAAAUAGCUGGUUCCCUCUGACGUAUGACCAACUGCUGCCGAUGGGACUCUCCUGGACGAGUGGCUCUAUUUCCUGAAAUUGGAUGUUAAAGCCGUGUACCAGAUGAGAGGUAAAGUAAUUAAGAUUUGUUAUUCAAUGUAUUGUGCCAAAAUAAAAUGUUUGCUUCAACUCU